AUGAAUACCAAGUGGCUAUCCCGGUGGAGGUGCCCCCAAUGGGGAAAAGCAUCCCCUACGUUGCACUACUUACAGCAGGCCAAAUUGUUGAGAACAAAAAGGAGGACGAAAUGGAUAAAGAUUUCGGAGAGGGGUACUGCAGACGAAACCGACGAAUGGAUGCAUCUGAGUCAAAGUAACAUGUCUGCUUCCACCCCAGGGGAAGAAGAAAACAAAUGUGAGACAACCAUGUGGGGAAAUAACAUCCCUAAUGAAGGUGAACCCAGUAAGGAGAAGUACACACAAAAGGGUACGCCCCCAAAUGAGCAACUCCGUAGAAGGUACCAAGAAGUGCAAAAAAAACUGUAUCAAAAGUACAACCACCAGGGAGUAGGAAGCGACCCGCAUAAAGUACAGACAUAUGAAAGGAACUACGAACAAGUGAACGAAUUAAAUAUCCAUCGAAUGUUACUCCUAGGACUGGAAAAACUUAACAUAAGCGAAUUAAAUAAAAUGCAAGUGAACAGCUUUCUAACCAUACAACAGGGGAAAGAUGUGCUCAUAAAUUACCCGGACGGGUCAGGCAAAACUGUAGCCUACUUGCUACCCAUCCUGAAUAAUAUCUACUUUGUGCAUGACUACCUGGAGGAGCUGAUCCUUGAAAGUCACCAUGGGGAAAAAAAAAAAAGGUUUGGAAACUCCGUCCAGGGAAACUUCAAAUUUAACAACAACUUCGACUUGUACAACGAAAUGAGGAAGUACUUCCUGAAGUAUAGUCACUACAGGAAGAAUGUACUGCUGGAAGGUAGUGGAACCCAUGUCGGUAAGAAGAUGAACCAGAAAUUUCACCUGCUACCAAAUCAUUUUGAUGAAUAUGAACUGGGUGAAGAACCCAUGUGCGGGUCUCCUCCAUUGGGUAGGAUGCACCGAACGCAGAAAAGGGAAAAAAAAAAUACAUCAAUGGGGGACCAAACUGGUAGUAGACACGGAGGCCACGCAGAAGCCCAGCAAACUCGCGUCACCCUAAUGAACAAACUGAUAGAAGUAAUAAAAAUUAACAAAAUCAACCUGAACAACAUAAAUAGUGACCAUACCAAUAGGGAAGAGCUAGCCAAAUUGGAAAGUAUUCUAAUGUGCAAUUUUAAGGGUAAAGAGAAAGAACCCAAUUGUGUGGACACCCCUCCAGAUAAUGACGAAUGCAUCUACCGAUACCUAACUAGGAACCCUUUACAAAUUAAUAAGCCAGUAAUCAUCCUAACGGUGAAUAAAGACAAUAUAAGUCAAAUUGUACGAGUGAUAAAACAACUGGACGUGCUUAACCGGAUCAACAUACAAACGUUGAAUGACGUUCCUUAUGAGGAUAUCCAUCGGUUCAUUACGGAUGAAAGAACAGACGUAGAAUCGCACAACGGAGAGGCGCAAAUGCAGUUACAAGAGAACUACCACCCUGAGAAUAUCCACGUGGUACGUGUUAAUCGACUUUCCAACCCCGUGUUGUGCAAAGAUGAAAUUAUGUGGACAUGUGCAGAUAUAGUGAUUACCACGCCUGACAUCUUUCUACAUGCAUACCAAAAUGAACGAGCUAAGCAGAUCCUUCCCUCCAUAAUAAUUUUCGAUGAAGUAGAUAUGCUGUUCCAAAAUAAUGCCUACAGAAAUACCAUGAUGAACAUUUUUUACAUUGUUAAGAGAAGACCCGAGAUUUACAACCCCCAUAUUGAUAUUAGCAGUAGCGGAUUGGAAGAUGUGGCCACCUCGAUUGAGGCUGCAUUAACCAGAGGUGGUGAGAAGGAGGCUCCCUUUGCCCAACCCCAAGUUUUAAGUACCUUCUCAAGUGGACUUCACUCCGUUGCCAGCGACUUCGAACGCGGCCAAUUUGGAGACCUGGACAUGUCCCCUGUUGAGGGGGCCAAAGGGGGGAACCCUCCCGGGGAUACCCACGUCAAUAACGCCUCCCACGGGAAAAACCGGGUGAACGCGAAAGAAGCCACUCACCUUACCCCCCGAGCGAAGGAAAAGGAGAAAGAGCUGCCCCUACUCCAGAUGAUAUACGUCAGUUCUACACUCCCCUCCGUGGGACACACCACCGUGGGUAGCAUGCUGGCAGAACGGUUCAGCAAUCUGGUCGAAAUUGUGUGCACGCAGAAUUAUCACAUCCCGAGAAACGUACGUACCCAGUGGAUAGAAUUGAACAGGGAUAAAAUUUUAAGUCACUACCUGUUUAGCAGCGGGGAGGGGGCCACACAGGAAGGGGAAAAUACCUCGGGGAUCGCACCCAAAGAUGAGGCGAUCUCCACUCAGUAUAGCGGUUCUGACACCCCCCAUGGGGGCAGCCUGAAGGACGCCGCCCUGUCCAGCAAAAUCAACAAACUGGAGAAUAGCUCUUUCGAGCACAGACUGGAUCUGCUAAUCCACGUUUUGAAAAAAUAUCACGAAUGGUCAGCUAGCUCAGAAUUGUACCAACACGCAGAAUUUUCUGAACAUGGUCAGGCGGAAAAGGGUACAACUAUCAACCCCGAUGGGGGAAAAAAAAAAAAAUUUGCAAGCUCAACAAAAGGGGGGAAGUUCCACCUAAUUGACAACAGAGCAGUCUACAAAACGAUCGUAUUUGUUAAUAGCGUAAAGGAUUGCAUCCGGAUAUAUUUUUUUUUAAAAAAACACAACUGGCCCGUCUUCUGCUUUCACAAAAACAUAUCAAUAAAUUCACGGAUGCAAAAUCUGCACAGCUUCCACAACGCGGACGUUGCCAUUUUAGUGACCACCGAUUUGUUGACCAGAGGUAUAGACACCCAAAAUGUGGAUCACAUAAUUAAUUUCCAUUUUCCCUCCGACGCGAUAACGUACCUGCACCGGCUCGGGAAAAUGAACAGGAAAGGCCAUGACAAUGAUAAUGAUAAUGGCCUUAAUUGUCAUAAUAGUGCCGGAAUAGGGCAAAUCGGUGGAGAAGCACAAACGAAGCGAUCCCACCGAGGAGACACAACUUCGGGGUAUACUCCAACCCAUGGUCAAGACAAAGACAACACAUUUCCCCAAACAGAUAAAACCGUCCUCGUGACAAACUUCCUGUCAUUUUCAAAUCUCCCCUUGGCACAGUCGAUUAGAAGUUGUGACCAACAGAACGCAAGUUUGCUUCCCCUUUUUUCAAGGAAAAAAUCUUUCAAAAUGAAAAUAAAAAGGAAGGAAAAUAAUGCCCUUGGGGAGGACAACAGAUACAUCGACGUUGGGGAGGCGGAAGAGGAUGAUAUCCACAUGGAUGGUUAUUUUCCAAACGGGGGGGAGCCCUCCACAUGCGAAAAUGACGAGAAAAACGUCUACGUCCAGGCGCCCUUCUCCGUUUUCUCGCUGGACGAUGAGGAAGAUGAUGAUGAAGAGGAUGAACAUGACAACGCAGAGGAGGCAACCCAACCGCACAGCAAAUUCGCCCAACGGAGCGCGGCGGAAAAAGGAAAAACUAAAACAAAACGUAACACAACACGUGCUGGUGAUGAUGACCACAUGGAUGGGUUCCCUGGAGAGAUACCCUCCUGUGAAGAAAAAAAAUCGCCUCGAAAAUGGCACCAAUCGAAAGUACCUACUGGCGAUGCUCUCCCUCGUGAUAAAAUCCCAUCCUGGAAUAACGUCCAAUUUGACAACAAGAAAUUUCUGGUGGAGAGAUUCAAAAGCAGGGAUUGCUAUCUCAUCGGGCAAGUAAAACGGGGGAAGCUCAUCUUCAACAACUUUGAAAGUAAUGCAGAUGGGGACGACGAUGAGGAGGAGUUGCUCUUUUGA